AUGUCAGAAACUGUGGAGGUGCUGAAGCAGGCAACAUCACGCAGAGUGACAGACAUGAAGAAAGAGGCAGAGGCGUUUCUAAAGAAGGCCAACAAGGACAUGGAAACGCUUAAGAAGCUGGAGAGGAAGGUCCAGGAGAACGAGCAGAAGAUACAGGAGCAGCGGGAUGAGAGAGAGCAGCUGGAAAAGAAUGCUACAGAUGUCCAAGAGUUCAUCCAAAUGAAAGUUUCUGGCUACGACAACUUUGGAAAGAGAAAAAGGUCAGAGGAGGGCUGUAGUCAGACUGUCCUGCAGGGAACAAACAACGGCUCUGCUAAGAAAGAACCUGUUGUAGUGCUGGAGGUGCUCAACACUGAAGCCCCAGCGAGGAAGAAGAGGAAGGGGGCAGUGGAGCAGCCCAUGAGGAGGACUAUAAGACAGAGGAAAGCCACCAAGCCUGACAGCUUUGCCUCUCGCUAUAUUGUUGGAGAAAAACUAGGCGAAGGAGGCUUUGGAUCUGUCUUUAAAGGACAACGUGUAUCUGAUGGCCUACAGGUGGCCAUAAAAUUUGUCAGAAAAUUGCAUGAUGACCGAUAUGUCCAAAGUCCUAAUGAGCUAAAGGUUGUACCUGUGGAGGUGGCUCUGCUGCAGAUCAUGAGCCAGCCACCCAUCUGCAAGACCGUCAUCCAGCUCAUCGAGUGGUUUGAUGAGCCUGACCGCUACAUAUUAAUCCUGGAGCGCCCUGACCCUUGCAAGAGCUUGGACAGCUUCCUUCAGGACUGUGGAGGUUAUGUCACUGAAGACAUGGCACGAGAUUUAAUGUGGCAGUCUGUGAUGGCAGCGUUUCAGUGCAGCAAGCGAGGUGUGCUGCACCGGGACAUCAAACCAGAAAACUUAUUGAUCAACCAGGAUACUUUGGAGGUCAAGCUGAUUGACUUUGGCUGCGGCGAUUUCAUCAAGAAAUAUGGCUAUAACAUUUUUGAAGGCACGGAUGAAUACUGCCCUCCUGAGUUCCUUCUAGAAGAAAGGUAUCAUGCUGGUCCAGCAACAGUUUGGUCCCUUGGUGUCCUAAUGUUCAGGAUGGUUUGCGGGUACCUUCCCUUUGCUGAUGAUGAUGAUAUCACUGGUGGGGCUCUGCACUUCAGAGAUGGCCUCUCUGAUGAAUGCUGCAAUCUAAUUGGGUGGUGCCUGCAGCGUAGCCCAACCGGGAGGCCUAAUUUGCAGCAGAUACAGCAGCAUGAUUGGUUACGAUGCAACAUGCCAACCUAG